GAAACAAUUUUGUAUUUUUCAGGAGUUGAUAGCUGCUCAUCAAGACCGUGCAAAAAUAUAGAUCAGCAUCAUGUCUCUGACCCUCAGGUGAUGGUGGAAUUUGAAAAUGGAAACUUCAGGUUCACAUUCCCCAACCCCAAAAAUGUGAGUGAGUUCAGCAUGACCCUCUUCAAAGGGCAUGAAAAGAAGGAGAUCUGUGCACUCCAUUUGAGCGAGGAGAAUGUUAUCCCCAAGAGUAAUGUCACCUACUGUCAGGCAGAGCAUUCAAACAGCAGCACCACUUUCAUUCUUAAAAAUCUGGAAAGAAAGCAUAUCGACAUUUAUACGUACUGCCUGGAGAUGUUCUUACCCCCUCCUUAUAUUGAUUGCCGGCUGAAAGAAACCUAUUUGUACAUCCAAGACAAAGAUGACUGCAUUUCACUGGGACUCAUGUCGUGGAUAAUUAUUGGCCUGAUCAUGUUUACCAUGAUUUCCUGUGUCUGCUGUGUCGUAGCCUGUUGCUUAAGGAACAAGAAUCAGCAAUGUGAAUCCAACUCCCACGAGUACAACAGUGAAUACAUGCCCAUGGCAGCAGUGAAUGCAGCUAAAAAACCAAGAAUCUGA